AUAAACGUCUAAUCCGAGGGCGACGGAGCUUGUAUAGCGAUCUGAGUGGAGACAGAGAGGGAUAUUCCGACGGGCGGCCGUUACCGUUUGAAUUGGCGCAGGCGCGAGCGACUGGUUUCCGCUUGGGCUGGGCCGCCGGAUGUGGCCGGCCGGGAGGCACGAGGGCGCUGUGGGGUCCGCACUUCCGGUGCAAUAUAAUGGCAGCUGGGAAGAGUGUAAAGUAUAAUUCUCUGGUGCUUUUGUGCGAAUGGAGCUCAUGUGGAUUCACUGCAUCUGGAAUGGAAGAUUUCAGCAAUCACAUUGCAGGCCAUUUAAAGGACCAAGUCCAGGGGGAUGAAAAUGACAUUGAACCACAAGAGGAGCACCAGUGUCUGUGGGCAGAGUGUGGAUUCUACACGGUGGAGAGCUCAGCUGACCUGAUCCGUCAUGUUUACUUUCAUGCCUACCACACAAAACUGAAGCACUGGGGUCUGCAGUCCCUGCAGGCUCAGAGCGAACUCGAACACUGCAUAAUGGAUCAGCAGAGCCGCAACGUCAUUCCAGAAAUCCCAGAGAGUUUUGUCUGUCUCUGGGGCCACUGUGAUAGCACAUUUGAGAAUCCAGAAUGGUUCUACAGGCAUGUGGACAUGCAUGGAAUGUGUUCAGACAGGGAUGCAACCACAGAUUCUAAUCUAAUAAUUCCCUGUCGUUGGAAAGAUUGUGAUGCAACUUUCAGAGUGAAAUUUAAGCUUCGGGAGCAUUUACGUAGCCACACGCAGGAGAAAGUAGUGGCAUGUCCCACCUGUGGAGGGAUGUUUGCAAGCAACACUAAAUUCUUUGAUCACAUCCGCAGGCAGAUGGCCAUGGAAUACCAACGCUUUCAAUGCUCCCACUGUUCAAAGAGAUUCGCUACCGAAAGACUACUCAGGGAUCACAUGCGACAUCACGUGAACUAUUACAAGUGCCCAUUUUGUGAUAUGACCUGUCCAGCACCUUCUGCCUUGCGGAACCAUGUCAAAUUCCGUCACAGUGAUGAGAAACCAUUUAGUUGCGAAUAUUGUGAAUACAGCUGCAAGAACUUGGUGGAUCUAAGAAAGCAUUUAGAUACACACAGUGAGGAUCCAACGUACCGCUGUGAGUUUGCAGGUUGUACAUUCACUGCACGAUCCCAGUAUUCCAUCAAGUCCCAUUACAGGAGAGUACAUGAGGGGGAUAAGGAACCUAGAUAUAAAUGUCAUGUUUGUGACAAAUGUUUCACCAGAGGUAACAAUCUGACUGUGCACCUCAGGAAGAAGCAUCAGUUUAAGUGGCCUUCAGGUCACCCACGUUUCAGGUACAAAGAGCAUGAAGAUGGUUACAUGAGGCUGCAGUUGGUUCGUUAUGAGAGUGUUGAACUGUCCGAGCAGCUAAUGAAAGACCGGGAAAAGCAGGACGGCCGCAUGGACAGCAUGUCAGAGAGUUUGUUUCUGUCAGAAGCAAACCUAAGGGGGAUUAUACUAGAGCCGCUGGAAGAGUCAAACAGUGAGGAACAAGACCCAGGGAAGCGCAGUCCUGAUGCUCUAAACUAUUGUACAGCUGAGACCUUACAACACCCCAGUCAUAAUGAGAUUGCUGGUGGGGGACAGCUCCAACAAUCGCAGUUGAAUUCCCCUGACACAGAUAAAAGUCCAAUCAUCAGGGUGGUCAAUCGGACGAAUGAGUAUGGAGAGAGUGAAACUGUUUAUUAUGUUCUGACCAAUGCACCACCCAGCCCAGGUAACGCUGAAGUAUCUGGUGAAGAUGUGAAUGUGGAGAUUGAGGGAACCUCAACUGACAAUAUAGAAAAGACUGCCGAAGAACUAGGCAUUCAAAUAAUCGGCUAGGAUUAGUGAUCCGCUCCCAUCACUGCUGCUGCUCUUGAUGGGAAACUGCGAUUCGGUCUGAUCUCUAUAUUCUGUUUUAGUCGAGUCAAGAAUGAGCUUUGUGAUGCUGUAUCAAUUUGGUUGGGAGACUCGGACCAUAUUUAUGGUGGUCAUUUUUUUCUAAUGUACCCCCUCCCUUCAAAACAAGAGGUUUGUUAUGUUCUGUCUGUAAUGCUGUCAGAUGCAGUGCAGUCCCUAUUCAAUUAUACUAAAUCAUUGGAUUAGACAAAUCUAUUAGAAAAUAGAUUUUGGCAGGUUCUGGAUGGUCAAUGUCAAUGCAAAUGCAGUUCUCACCAGUAUUUUUAUUGUGUAAAAAUCCUGUACUGUUACUGUUCAUUUUUGUGAAAUGUCCUUUUUAGCACAGCCAUCCGACACGCAAACAGGUCCUUACUAUUUUUUACUCUUUUUAGGAGUAAAAAUUGCUGUAAAAAUUUCCUCUGUUACCAUAGGGUCUGACAUUACACAGAUUAACAGGAUGAUUUGAGGUCCUUUCUCUUGUAAGUCAUUGAUUUAUGCUAUUUUGAUCCAGAAGUAUCUGCAUCGCACAUGGGCCGUUCGUAUUAUAUUAACACGAUAUUCAGCCAGUGUAAUAAAGAUCAAUGUUUCCUUUAACAGUGGUACUUUACCACUAGCUUCUCUGCAUACUCCUAUCUUCAAACUCCACCCAUCCACAUUCUCUUCCAUCUACAUUCCUGUUGUUAAGCACCUUUUGAACUCGCAUCAGGUAUCUGCAUAUCUGGCCAUCCUUGUGAUUCCAUGCCCAUCUUUUUAAGUUCAUACUUUUUUAACUUGAAUUUGUAUUGCAGCUACUCACAGUCAAACAGAAUCAAAUAGACUGAGGCUGAAUUCCAUGCACCAACACUUCAAUCUGAGAUUGCUAUCUCCUUCAACUGAGAAUAUGAUGCAACCUACUUCAGACUUAUAGUCUGACUUAGAAUCUUGCACUACUUUUAAAAGCAUCUUUAACUACUAAGUAGUAACAAAUGAUGUGAUGUGAGUUUCAAGCGUCAAGUUUGGCAUGUAACAUUAAGCCUGUGUGUUUACCAGCUUGCUAUGGAUUCAUAAUUGAACUAACACUCACAAUGUAACUAACGCCACGUAUGCUUCUAAGAAGGUGGUGUUAUUUUGACAAAUGUACGAUUGAUUUCUUGGGAAAUUAUUAAAGUGGAGUAUUCUAAUAGUUAUGAUUGAGCUAAAUUAUUAUUGUAAUGUAAUUUGUGUUCAAAUAGUGUGGUGAGCAAGUUUGCUUAAUCUGCUAUUCACUAACAUGUGCUAAAUUUUGUUUUGGCCAGUUCUUGAGUUACAACUUUGUAUUCAUCAAUUCCUUGAAGUGUUGGACUGUGCUUACCCCUGAGCCUUGAGCCAACGCCAAGAGUCACACAACCUCCACUCGGUAUCUUUCUGUCUUUAGGAAGACAGGUCAGGUGGAGUGCAGUACUGAUUUCACAUAUUAUUGGCCUUAUCGUGUAUUCUAUGGGGGGGAUUGUAUUUUUACAUUUUCACUUAAGAGCAGCAAUUUACAUGUAACAAUAAAGAGUGUGUCGGCAGGGACCAAUGACAACUUGUG